AUGAUCCCUUCUUUGUCAGAGCUGCAUUUGUCAGAUUGUGGGCUUGAUAAGACGCAUCUAUCUUCUCCUCAUCUUAAUUCCAGUACACUUUCUAACAUCCAGCACCUCGAUCUUAGCAAUAAUUUACUUGGAGGUAUAUUUCCAUCUGUAUUGACAAACAUGAGCUCCCUAGAAGUCCUUGACCUUUCAGGUACCAUGCUGAAUUCAUCGAUUCCUACUAUGCCUAAACUUCUAGAGCUUCAUCUUUCUGGUAACGAGUUUAAGCAGAUUGAGGAUGUUGGAAUCUGGAGACAGUGCCACCUGAAACAAUUGCGUGUGACACAUAAUGUGUUCCGUAUGGAAAUGUUGUACUCACCAAAAAACGCAUCAGAAUGCUCCCAAUAUUCUUUGGAGUUGCUGGAAUUAAGUCGGAGUUUAAAUGGUAGAAUUCCAGAAACACUUGGAAGAUUGGCGAAUUUAAGACACCUUGAUCUAUCACACAACAAACUGACUGGUUCAAUCCCUGAAUCUGUAACAGGAUUAAGAUUUUUACAAGUACUUGAUCUAUCUGAAAACCAGUUGACUGAAUCCCUUGGAAAAUUAGCAGCUUUAACAGAAUUGUAUCUAGUAUCUAAUUUAUUAGACGGGACUAUUCCAGUUUCGAUUGGGCAACUUGCCAAACUCCGUACUCUCUCUAUCUCUAACAAUUCUUUAGAAGGAGCGGUUACCGAAGCCCAUUUUGCUAAUCUUUCAGUGUUGAAGGACUUGGAUGCUUCUUCUAACACUAAGCUGACAUUCAAUGUUUCAUGUGGGUGGAUACCUCCAUUCCAGUUGAUAUAUCUUAGUCUCAGCUCUUGCAAUAUCGGGAAUGGAUUUCCGCAGUGGCUUCGACAUCAGAGGAAACUUCAAUGGUUAGAGUUGUCCAAUGCUACACUUUCGGGGCCGCUGCCCACAUGGCUGCGGAAGAUGCCCCUCAUUCCUUAUUUAGAUCUCUCUCACAACAAACUCAGCGGAUCUUUGAAAAACCUUCCUAAUGCAGGAAAUGGUGAUGCAUAUUGGCCUUUACCUCUAUUACUUCUGGAAUAUAACCUUUUCAAUGGUUCAAUUCCAAGGUCAUUAUGCAGAAGAACAUAUUUGGAAGGGCUUGAUCUUUCAAGAAACAUGUUAAGUGGGAAAAUUCCCAACUGUGUGGGGAAUCUGCAGGGUUUGACUAUCAUGAGUAUAAGCUCAAAUCAGCUCUCUGGUGCCAUUCCUAGCUCAAUUGCUCUUAUUUCAUCAUUAUUUUGGUUAAAUUUGAACAAAAAUAACUUUACUGGUGAAGUUCCUCCAGAAUUAGGGAAUCUACAAGGUUUGGGAGUCUUAGAUUUGGGUGACAAUAAAUUAUAUGGAAAUAUACCCAAUUGGAUAGGGAAAAAACUUACAUCUAUGGUGGUUUUGAGUUUACACAAAAACAACUUCACUGGUAGAAUUCCUCCAUCUCUUUGCAAAAGUUCAAAUCUUCAAAUUUUGGAUCUUGCAUACAACAACUUAACCGGAACCAUCCCUCCGUGUAUAGGAAACUUAAAUGGCAUGGUUGUGGGCCACUUGAUGAAUGCGUAUUCUUCAAAUAUCGAUCAUGAUAUGAAUGUGAUUCAGGUCAUGAAAGGUGUUGAUCUUGAAUAUACAACAACUUGGGAUAUGGUUUAUAACAUGGACCUUUCAAGCAAUAAACUUGUGGGAGAAAUACCAGUCGAGCUAACUGCACUUAACAUGUUGGUGGGUCUGAAUCUGUCUAAUAAUCAUCUGAGAGGGGGUAUUCCAGAGAGCAUUGGAAAGAUGAUGAAUUUGGAAACUCUUGAUUUCUCCAAAAACGAGUUGAGCAGGAGCAUCCCUCCAAGCAUGGCAGCUUUGACUUUUUUGAGCCAUUUGAAUUUGUCACACAACAACUUGUCAGGACAAAUUCCAACAGGAAAUCAACUGCAGACGCUUAUUGAUGAUCCAUCAAUAUAUGCUGGGAACAAACAUCUAUGUGGACCUCCAUUGCAAAACACUUGCUCAAAUCAUCAAGAUCCAACAACAAGAAGCAAGAAGAAACACAAAGCAGCUGAUGAGAAGAUGGAGGUAUGGUUGUUUUAUGUGGAUAUAAUGAGUGGUUUUGGAACAGGGUUUUGGGGUGUUAUUGGAGUUCUGAUGUUCAAGAAGCAGUGGAGACACAAACUUUUCAUGUUUGCUGAGGAAACCAUGGAUAAGAUAUACGUUGCAGUUGUGGUAAGAGUUGCCAAGUUCAAGAGAGGAAGAGAAUAG